AUGAGUAAAAUAUCUAAAGUAAAAAGAUUCACCAAAACCACUAAAAUUCUAGCUAAAUCAAUAUAAAUUCUAGAAACCACUAAGAUUUACGAAUUAGAUAAAAAGAGAGACAUUCCUCAUCAAAUUAAUUAAAGUAACAUAUACCAAAAAAGCAAAAAGUUCAUCUGA